AACCUACAACUUACCCUGGGCGGACUUGUCCAGCGGAAUCGCCUGGGCCUUCAAGCGCUGAUCGAUCACGUACAGCAUCUCGCUGCCGAGAUUUAGCAGAAUAAACAGGAAUCGGGAACACGCGUGUCCACGGUAUCGAACGGCUUUCCGAAGAGUGGCAAGAACCAAAAUAAAUAGGGCUCACACUGGCGGUGAACGCAGCGCAGUUUGUUGGUGGCAACCGGUGCCAUGGUGAAGCAAACAAACCUGGGGCCGAGUUUGUUAUCAGCUGAUUGCCGGAUCCACUAAAAGUGGAGUCAGUGUUGAUUGGGUCUCCCUUGAAUCGCUUAGUAGUAAUGCCAAUCCUGAGAUGAUGAGUAGCCAGCAGCUUCGGUCUACGAAUACCUAAUCUUUAGUUGCAAACCUGAAAAGGACCUUUGAUUAACGGAGGAACCCGUUUCAGAAAAUGCCGCUCGACGCGUACGACCUGUACUCGGAGCUGUGGCGCACCGUCGUCAUUAACGGCCAGCUGGAGCAGUUGACGGCAGCGCUCAAGGGUUGCAGCACCGACUCGGAGAUCAUCCGAUACAUCCGCCAGGUCGUUGACGAGCACGGCAUGCUGGAGUUCAUCAAACCCAAAGGCGAUGGCAAAGACGAAAGCAAAGCGAUUGCUUGCCGGAAGCGGGGCAACGAGUGUUUCCACCCCAAGGUGCGAAAGUACGUCAAGGCGGUUGAGCACUACAACGAAAGUAUUGCCCUCGCGGAAGCCAACUCGGAAACGCUGGCCAUUGCUUACGCGAACCGUUCGGCGGUUUGCUUCGAGCUGCAGGAGUACGAGGCGUGUUUGGAGAACAUCCGGCUGGCGCGACAGAAUCCUUAUCCGGAGAAUUUGCUGGGCAAAUUGGCGAAGAGGGAAGCCGAAUGUCAGAACAAGCUCCAAAGCAACGGCGGAGCGGAGGUCAGCGAGAUACGGGAGCCGAAGUUGAGCUACAAACCGAAUCCCUCGAUUCCGCACGUUUCUGACUGUCUGGAGCUGAAGGAGGACAGCCAAUUCGGACGAUAUCUGGUGACGAACCGCAAUCUCAGCGCUGGGGAUGUUGUGAUAGUAGAGAAGCCGUUUUCGCGACUGCUUGCUGCCCAGCUGCGUUAUCUCAACUGUGAUUACUGCCAUCAGGACGUAUUUCUUUCGUUGAUUCCGUGCGAAAGCUGCUCGUUUACGAUGUUCUGCUCAAAGGAUUGUCGUAAGAAAGCCAACGAGGGUUACCACUCCGUCGAGUGUCCCAUCAUCAAAGAUAUGCACUUCCUCUUCACGAAAGUAAUCCUGAUGGCUUUACGAACCACGACGAUGGCCAUCUCAACGUUCGGUGGUAAUCUAGACGAACUACGUCUCCACAUCGAGUCCAUUGACGAGUCAAACCUGCACCCGUUCAAGCUGGACUGGACCGGAAUCUCACCGCAGGAAGUGUACAGCACCAUCCACGUGCUAGCGACAAACCAGAAGCAGCGCACCCCAGGUGACCUGACGCAACGUGCAAUCUACGCGAUCGUGAUGAGCGAAGUUCUGUUCGGGAAAAGUCAACGUCUGAACGAACUCUGCGGCGACAACGAAUCCCAUCGGGAUCUGGUGCGACAGCUUAUCUUCCGACACGCACAGACCGCUCCGGUCAACAUGCAUUCGCUGAUGUACAUGGACUACGCACCGGACGCGGACGAGGAGCAGUUCCGUCAGGAAUCUCUGGGUUGUGGAUCGUUCCCGAUCUUGAGUAUGAUCAAUCAUUCGUGCGCGCCGAACCUGGUACGCGUGACGCUGUCUUCCGGGUGUGUCGCAGCGUUGAUCAACAGACCGGUCAAGAAGGGCGGCCAGCUGUUUGAUAACUAUGGCUACCAUCACUGUCUGGACGCGCUCACCGAUCGGCAGAGUGGACUCCGCGCGCAGUACAGCUUCAAGUGUGAGUGCGAGGCCUGCCGGAAGAACUAUCCGCUCUACUUCUCGCUGAAACGCAUCGAACUACCCCCGAACGUGGUCCAUCCAAUCAACAACGACGAAUUUGAGCGGCUCAGGGAGCACGACAUGCAGACGGCGCUCAAGAAAAUGCCCGACUAUUGUCGGUUCAUCAACACAUUUGGCGGCCAAUAUCCGUGCUACGACGUUAGCUCCGUCCAGGAAGCGCUGUUGCGCUGCUUUCAAGUCAUUUUUGCGACGCAAACGCGCAAGCUAAAGUACAAGGACUUGUCAUCUCUGUAGUGAAAUAACUUUUCAUUUUGCCAGUUUUUAUCGAUCAGAUUUAGCAAUAAUAUGUAACAUUCAGAUAACUACCCAAUAAAGCUCGGUAACUUAAAA